CCCCCUGCAAUGCAGCCCCUCCUAAGAUGGGCGGAAGGACUCCCCGCCCCCUCCGUGCCUGACUCGGCUAAUUCAAAUGAUAGGUUCAGAACACUUUAGGGAGGGAGGGAGGCUUAAAGCGUCUCCAUAGGCUUAUUGGUCUGCACCAUUCUUUCUGAUCCCUUCCAGCAUCCUCGUGUUGGGGUGCAAUGAACGAGCUACUAAUUGUCCUCUUAUGUAGAUUUAUGGUUUAAAAAUAUUCACUGUAGAACACAAUGGGGUGGGGACUUGUCCCUUUCUUCCCCAAUCGAAGGACUUCAGGUUACUAGGUGUUUCUAAGAGAAUAAGAAAAUUUCUUCACCCCUCUUCCAACCCCUAUUCCUCUCGCCUCAUCUCUCCACUCAUUGCUUAUCUCCCUAGCAAUGGGUAAAGAAACCUAUCCUUAUUCCAUUUGGGGCCGAGCAUAAGAGAUUGGGGAAGGGUGUUGGUAGGGGAACUUGGGGGCUCUGCCUCGUUCGGGUCCCGCAAUGGCUGGUGCACCUAGGCUACGCGCGAGUCCAGCUUGCCCAGCCCGGGGACCAGGUCCUCGAGGAUGUCCACGAGAUUUUCCCGUGAGCAGUUCCCAGGGGCGGUGCUGCUCGGGGGCUGCCGAGGUCCCAUCCCGCGUCCCUCGGCGGUGCAGUGCCUCGGCAGUCCAGUGGGGAGCUGUGCGCUCGGCUCCAAGACGGACGGGUUUCGUAAUCGCGUCGCCGCCGUUUCCGCCCUCUGCCAGCCCCACCUCUGCCGGUCCGCCCUCUGCUCCCCACCGCGCGGAGGAGCGCUCCCGCGAACCCGUACCGGCCGGCCCCUGGCGGGAGCCCCCCACCAGCUGUGGCUGGGCGCCUCGAUGCCCGAGAAGAGCAGGGUUCCAAAUCUGAGGACAACAUAACCUGUGCCUGCCUGCCUGCCCCUCUGUCUGGCCCUGUUUAUCUCUUGGGAGUCUGAGACGCUGACCUUCACUGCUCAGCUAAGGGUCCUGAGGAUUUCACUUUCUAGACCCAUCCAGCUGAGUGAACCCAACGUGCUGUUACACCUGGCGAGAGCGAGGAGUGGUGGGUCAAAACACCAGAGCAAGAGCCCUCGGGGGCCUCUGGCAGAGGACUGAAGCUGGAACCAUCAGGGAAUAUGAGUGAAUUUUGGCACAAACUGGGCUGCUGUGUGGUAGAGAAACCCCAGCCGAAAAAGAAGAGGAGACGGAUUGACCGGACCAUGAUUGGGGAACCAAUGAAUUUUGUCCACCUGACUCACAUCGGCUCUGGGGAGAUGGGGGCUGGAGAUGGACUUGCCAUGACAGGAGCAGUUCAGGAGCAGAUGAGAUCCAAGGGAAACCGAGACAGGCCAUGGAGCAAUUCUAGGGGCUUGUAGCUCCCUUAGGAAUGGUUCUGUCAUCUUGAAGCCCCCUUUCUGUGUCCAGCCCAGAAGAAAUGCUGCCCCCAUCAGAUCUCUCAUAGAACCAGUGUCCCAAGGGCCCCUCUUUUCCCUAUCUGCCUAACAGUGCCUCAGAAGGCGUGGGGGGCUGGACUCCCUCUACUUCCUCUGGCUGUUGCCCCUCCUGGAGAUGGGGUCAAGGCAGCAGGACUGACCAAGUGACUACUGGUUGGCCAGAGGAGCUCAGCUGAAUCCCUGGACACUCUAGAUCUGAGCUAGGAGUUCAAUGGGAACAAGGAAUGUGUUCCUUUCUCCUGAAUGAUGGUCUGGGUGCCAACUGUUUUUAAACUUUUAACCUGGAACUCCUUAAAUGGGGCGGGUGGGUGAGGUUAUCAAAGUUGAAGCCGGCUUUGCUGAGAAGCUCCCUACCUCCUGACCCUUGUCUUUCCUUAUGGAAUGAACUAAAGCAGAUGUCAGGGGGCUGAGAGGGUAACAACUACCUAGUCUACUCUUUCUCUUUAGAUUUGAGAUCUUAAGCUCACAGCCCUUCAGUGGCUCUCUGCUAAUACCAGAGUCUUUCACUAGUUAGGCCUCUAAUCCUAUGUUUCUGUAGCAUUACUGGCUUCCAGCAACGUUCCUUUUUUUUUUUUUUUUAAUUAAAAAUUUAAUUUAAGAAGAGUUCUUUUAA